AUGGAGAACGUUCUUAUUAUCGGAGCCACUGGAAACAUCGGUGUCGCAGCAGUACUUGGAGCCCUGCAAUCUAAGCGGCAUGUGCUUGCAAUAGUGAGGAAUCAGGCCUCUGUAGACAAAUUAUUCAAACAUGUGGGAACAAAGAACGGCAUCACAACAGUCGAGGCCGACAUCAUGUCGGAAGGAGGAGUGCAAACUGUGGUGGACCAAGUCCGGGCUGGGAAACUGCCAGGUUUUCAACACGUUUACUCUGCUGCUGGAGGUGCAUACGGUGCAACGCCUUUGACUGAGCUAACCCUCAAGGAAUUGCGUCAAAUCAUGAGUGUCAACUUUGAAUCCAACUUUUUCGCUUAUCGUGCAACCAUCCCAUAUUUGCUGGAGCAAAAGAAAGCAACUAGCUUCACACUCUGCACCGGAGCACAGGGUAAUAUUGGGGCUCGCGCAGCACCAGCCAUCUCACAAGGUCCCCUCUUCUCGAGGACAGAGCGCUCCUGCUUCAUUCCAUCCUGUUGCCCAUCACCUCCAUUAAUUUUCAGUGAAGAUAUGGAUACUCGAGCACCAAAAACGCAGAAGGUGACAACGGCUUGUGAUCCCUGCCGAGGCCGGAAGGUCAAAUGUGAUGGUCAUCAACCAGUGUGCGGACCAUGCGAGAAAAGGUCAAAGUCAGUUUCCUGCACUUGGGUCACGGACUUUUCACGUGCUCCAGCAUCCGCAGAUUAUAUCAGACGCCUCGAAGAUCAAAUCAAACUGCUGGAAGCACGUAACAGUCAAGAUUGCCAGAUCUCACCCAGCAACAACCAAAGUUCAAAUAGUGCUUCUAGUGCCUCAGAAGACUUAUCAGCAGAGACCAAAAGUAGUCAUGGAGCUACGACUUCAGCUUCACCUGCAUCUGCAACAUGGCUUUCUACAGUUGCGUGGGAGGGAUACCCGUCAAUGAAUACGCCGGAAAUGAGCACCAAUCAAUGGCAGUCUAAUUUGGCUCCCACAAUCAGCCCAGGGCUAGUUCCUUCAUUUCAAGAGCUCUCAAAAAGCAUUGAUACUAUGUGCACCUCUAGCAUUCGUCCCAUACAUAGAAUUGUAGUGGAUCAUGAUCACGGGACCGAUGUUGUUGAGAACACUUUUGCACAAAGUUUCAUGCAAGAAGUGGAGAAAUUAGUCGCAGAGAAAAUCGGUGAAGCAUCCCCAUCUGCAUCAAAUAUUCUUGGCUUUGGUCCUAAUACUUCCCCAUCCCCAGUGUCAUCUUAUGGAUCACGACAAAGAGAUCCGGAGUACGUUUUACCAGCUCGGGAGCGAGCCGAUAGCCUACUCACAUCUUAUUUUGAGAACGUUCAUGUUUUAUAUCCAUUUUUGGAUAAAUUGGACUUCCAAGAAGAGUAUGAGAAAAUUUGGAGCUGCGACAACUGCAAAUCUGAUCAAGGGGCGUUAAUUUGUCUAAUCAACUCGGUAUUCGCUAUUAGCAGCCGCCAAACGAGAACAACAGUUUCAAGCCAUGAGAAUAUGGCUGUCAUCUUUUGCAGAAGAGCACAAGGAUUCCUCAACAGUCAAGAGUGUUCAGUCCGUUCAGUUCAGUCAUAUCUUCUCUUGGCGUUAUAUUUUCAAAGCAUGGGCGAGUCUCGUAUGUGCUGGUUAUAUGUUGGGAACGCAAUACGCACAGCUCAGAUGCUUGAAGUUCACUUACCUGAAACAAGCGAACGAAUAGCCAAAAGUCAAGCUAGAAACUCGCUUCGUAAAGCUUGGCAUAGUUGUGUUCUUAUGGAUAGAGAAGUUUCAAUGUCAUAUAGUCGACCAUCUAUGAUCGAUCCACAAGCUGCUGCUAUUAUCCCGCUCCCCGUACUUGUGGAGGAAGAUGACUAUCAGCCGAUACACAAUGAAGAAGAGCCCAUCGGAAAGCCGCAAGCUUAUACUGCUGAUUUCUAUAAGUCUUGUAUAGAACUUUGCGGUGUUUUACAUGCCGUACUUUUCGGUUCACGGUAUAGCCAAUCUAAUAUCAAUCUAAUAGAAGGUCGUUACACUUCCGAGAAUGUCGCAUCUCCUGGAGCGAACGUUUCCAUUAUCAGUCUACAGGAAAGGUUGUCAAAUUGGGAACGAGACAAUCCUGAGCAUCUCAGGAUUGAGCAGCAUCCCACAUACAACGAUCUAAGUGCUAUAUCAACCCGUCGAAGAGGGGUUCUUCACCAAAGAUAUCUCCACAUUCAAUUAUUGUUGUUGACCCCCGUUCUUCAGAAACUCAUUGGCACCGAGUUUCAAGAAAAAGCAGAACGUACCCGUCUUGGAAGUUUACUCUCUCAUCGAAUCUCUCUCCAAUGUGCAAUUGUAUGUGUCAAAAUUGCCCAAGAAGCUAUCGAUACUAUACACCAUCGCGAGACUUUAGGUUCGAAUGAGAUCUCUCCAUGGUGGUGCAAUGUAAUAUUCUUGUACAAGUCUGCAACAGUAUUGAUCGCAGGAGGUCUUUGCCCUUCAAUCGUGGCUGAAAUAUCAGAAACCGCAAUGCAUGAAAGUUUCUCCAAAGCCACUGCAAUUCUCAGACAACACACUACUUUCAACUCGUCAGUCCUCCGUCUAGUCACCAUAUUAGAUAUCCUGUUCCAAAUCGUGCCUCAAAAAUUCUCCCGCUUGAAGAAAGCUUCUCAACGGGUUGAAGCCGAGGCCAGGCCACCUACCCCCAAUGACGAUAACAGCGCGGCAACAUUCCAGUACUGGUGUCCGAUAAAACCAAUCCGUCAUGCCGCAUCUGCUCAUCAAGAUACCGUGCAUCGUAGCCCCGAAAAUAGUGGUUCAUCUCAGAUUCUCACGGAUUUGGACCGGCGUUUUGACACGGACGAUUUUACAUGGCUUAAUAAGAUGCCUUUUGAUACUUGA